UUCACUGCGAGUUAUACUGUGUAUGACUAUGUAUGUGACAAACUUGAAACUUGAAAACUUGAAACUAUGUAUGUCGCACCUGACAUGGACUUGGGCAGUAGACCCGGGGGUGAGUGGAGAUGUGCACAGCAUGGACUGCCAUGUUUCUCUCUUCAGUCCUUAUUUAGUUAAAAAUUUAAUUGUGGUAAAUAUUUGAAAAUGGUGAAUUUGUAUAUGGUAUGUUUGAUUUCAGCAGUUUGUCUUUUUUCUUAGUUUGCUUAGAUGUGUUGCCUUCGUCGUGUGUCAUUUUGGUCUCCCCCUUCAUUUUCCAUUUGUUCUUAAAAUGAGCAGUUCAAUUUCAUUUCUGCUUUUUUUUUUAUAGUGUUCACAUCAGACAGUUGCUGUUUUGAGCAGAAAUGGCAUUCUGUGGCCCUUCUUCUGUACCAAUGAUACAAUGUUGACUGGACUGUUGAAUUAUGUCUUGCUAGUUUGAAACUGAUGCUGUUCAGAGUACCUUGUCUGAAAUGUCUCCUUGGUACUAGUGUUUCUCUUAAAUUGUGGUGCCAAAUAUGUUUCUGUUUUCCUGGUUACACUACCCCAUACCAUCAAAUCUAAACCACAGCUCCAUAUCCUGGCAAGAAUACAACUUAACUAAAUUUCAUCUUGGAUAAUCUUUUAAAUUUUAUAUGGGGCUAUACAACUCACUCUGGCUGUGCUGUGAUGUAAUCCUUUCUGACUGAGUUCUUCCUGAAUGACAGGAAACUCCUUUCCAAAAAGGCAGAGUUACUGUAAGGCAGAAGUUUCUCUUUCGUGAGAUCAUCUUUGUAGACCUUUUCCACUGCUUUAAGACUUCCGAUACUUACUGGCUCAUCUUUUCUGUGCUUUUAUCACAUGGCUUCAGUGUUCUAUUGUUUUCUGCUAUGGACAGCUGGACACUGGUGUCUCAAAACAGAUUUUCUGUGAAUAUUUUUUGAUGUAAGACAUUUUUACAUUAAAAAAAAUGAAUUGCAGCAUGACAGAAACUGGCACUAAUAUGGUCAUGCAGAGAUUAAAUGUCAAAGAUAAAAUGAAGUCUCCUGAGGUGAUAAUGUUUAAUUGAAGGAAAGAGGAAGUCAGAAAUAUGAGAGUGUGUUCAAAUCAGGAAGUCAGAAAUGGCUUUCGUUAGUGUUUUCUAUAAAGAACAUGACCAAAGGACUGGUAUUUAUUUGCCAGCGCGUGUGGUGUCUACAUGAAGGAAGGUUGAAGUGUGCAGUAAUGGACAGAGUGCUUAAACUCUUUCUAACAGCUUCACUCCUGAGCUGCUCAUGUCGAUGCUCGAAGGUGCGGGUGCCAAAAUUUGUUACAGCCAUCAAAGGAACCUGUGUGGUGGUGCCGUGCAGUACCACAUCUCACACAUAUGCGACUUGGUACAAGUAUCAGCACUAUGGAUACCCUCCAGUGUAUUCUAAAGACACCAAAGAUAUAAUAAAUCAGUUUAGAGGAAGGACAUCACUCCUGGGAAAUGCUAUGCAGGGAAACUGUAGCCUAAAGAUUGACAAUGUUCGCCAAGAGGAUGGAGGAAUAAGUGUGUAUGUAUGGAUCAAUCCUCACAACAUAUAUGGAGAUUACACAGAGAUAAAAGUCUUGGCACCUUCAGAGACUCGCAUUUCUGUAGAAAGCACACAAGUGGAAGGAACGCUUUUCUCAGCCAAAUGCACAGUCCGGCACUCCUGUCCAGUGUCUCCACCUCUGCUGGAAUGGCUGGGCCUGUCUUCUGUUUCUAAUGAGGUGACCACUACACAGGACUCGGGUGGCUUGUGGGUUUCUGUGGCACACGCUCAGUUCAAUGCCAGCCGUCGAGACCAUGGUAAAAGGCUCACAUGCAGGAGAAUGUCAGAUGGAAACACUGCAAUUAGUGAUGCAAUUCACAUCUUAUUCCCUCCCACCAUCCUGCCAGACUCAGCCUGCUGGGAGAGGGAAGGAUCUCUACACUGCAUGUGUUGGGUGGAGGCGGAGCCAAACGCCAGCAUCUCCUGGACUGUUGAUGGAAGAAGUGCUCUCCUUCCUCACUUCAACAUGACAAAUAACUAUACGGGAAUGACGACAGUGUCAGUGAUGACAGGGCCAACGGGCCACUUUGUAACUUGUGAGGCAGCAAACUACUUGGGCAAUGACACUUACCAGAUGUCUGGCUUUCCACAGCUGGCACAAGGCACUGAUGGAUUGACCUAUUUCAUUCUGGCGGCCAUAGUUUUAAUUGUCCUUGGAAUUGUUGUGCUAGGUGUCCACAGAAGAAUGAAAAAGAGACAUGAACACUCGAGAGGAGCUAAAAAUACAAGAGGUUCCGAGAACACAAGCCAGUGUAGACAGAACAUAGAGUCAAAUGGAACCCAGACCAAGGUCCGGCAGAAGACCUAUGAAUGGCACAAGGAUGACAACAUCUAUGCAAAUGAUGUAUCGGGUGGGCAUAUUUGGAGUACCGCCAUGGUGACUUCACAGGCUCCCGAGGAUGAGAUGGCAAGUAUCUACCUGAAUGAAUGAUACUCUUGAUGGCCUCGCAUGUCCAUUGCUAAGCUUCAGUAUGCUUCACACCAAAAUAUUCUGCAUUCACUGAUGUCUGGGAUUUUAAUAUUCCAUGUCAGAGCUGAGUAUCUGCACAUUCUGCAAUCUGCAAACAUAAAGUUAACAUUCUCUCAAAUAAAAAAAAAAUCUUGAUUUUGUGCAUAUUUAUAUUUCUACAUAAAUCAAAAUGUAAAAUAAAUAAAAUAUAUAUACAUACAG